AAGAACAUGUUGGAGUUCUUCUCCCCCUAAAGGAUGAGCCACAUCUUUGAGGACUUCUCAUACCCGGGUAGACAGUUAUCGAGAAGAGGAAUUAAACUUGAAUCUACUCCCCUUGGUUGGAUUUUUUCUCAUAGAGAUUGUGCGAUGUGGCUUGGGAACUUGCUCAUUUUAGCUGUUGGACCACACUAACCCACUCAACACACACAUAUAUAUACACGUGAAAGAAAAUUAGGGAAUAGUGUCGUAGCCAUGAAUUGGGGGCAACCAGCUGCUACUAUAUGCUUUCUUCUCAUUAUUGUUACCCUUCUUCAACUCGCCCAAGCAGAAGUUCUUCGUCAUACCUUCAUCGUAGAAGAAGCAGAGUAUACAAGGCUUUGCAGCAGCAAGAAAAUCUUGACGGUGAACGGAAGCUUCCCAGGCCCAACUCUAUAUGCCCACAGAGGGGACACCAUUAUUGUCCGAGUCUUCAACAAUGGAAACCAAAACAUAACCCUUCACUGGCACGGGGUGAAACAGCCUAGGAAUCCAUGGUCAGAUGGCCCAGAAUUUAUCACCCAGUGUCCAAUCCAGCCGGGCAGGAAUUUCACCCAGACACUUUUACUGUCCGACGAAGAGGGAACGAUAUGGUGGCACGCUCAUAGCGACUGGUCACGCGCCACCGUUCACGGCGCCAUUAUCGUCUAUCCCGCCAACGGAACUGAUCACUAUCCCUAUGCAAAACCGGAUGUGGAAGUUCCCAUCAUUUUAGGAGAGUGGUGGAAGUCAGACAUACAAGAAGUGGUAAAAGAGUUCGAAGCAACGGGUGGAAAUCCAAAUGUAUCGGAUGCUUUUCUAAUCAAUGGUCAACCCGGGGUUCGAUAUCCUUGCUCACAAAAUGACACAUUCAGGUUGACAGUGGAGAGGAGAAAAACAUAUCUGCUCCGAAUGGUGAACGCCGUGAUGAACAACAUCAUGUUCUUCUCCAUCGCCAACCACCAGUUCACGGUGGUCGGAACUGACGGCAGCUACACCAAGCCAUUCAAAGCUGACUACGCCGUCAUAUCCCCCGGCCAGACCCUCGACCUCCUCCUCCAACCCAACCAAGCCUCCGAUCAUUAUUACAUGGCCGCCCGCGCCCUGAACACCGACUCCAGGGUCAAAUACGACAGCACCGUAGCCACCGGCAUCCUCCAGUACUCCGGCAACUACACCCCGUCCGCGGCCCUGUCCUUCCCCGUUCUCCCCGACACCACCAACGACGCAGCUUCCGUCAACUUCACCCGGAGGCUGCGAAGCCUGGCCGACAGAAACCACCCGAUCGACGUGCCGAUGCACGUCACGACAAAGCUCUUCUUCACCGUCUCCAUCAACACCCGGCCGUGCGACAGGGCGUCGUGCGUGGGGCCCAACAACACGAUGUUCCUCGCCAGCGUGAACAACAACAGCUUCAUCCUCCCGGGGAUCGACAUCCUCGACGCGUACUACUCCAGCAUUGCCGGAGUGUACUCGGAGGACUUCCCGCGGGUCCCGCCGCUGGCAUUCAAUUUCACGGGAGACAACCUGCCGCUCAACCUGCAGGUGCCGGAGAGGAACAAGACGGCGAAGGUGGUGGUGCUGGAGUACGGGUCGACGGUGGAGCUUGUGUUCCAGGGGACGAAUUUGGUGGCGGCUAUAGACCAUCCCAUGCACCUGCAUGGGUUUAGCUUUUACGUGGUGGGGUCGGAUGUGGGGAAUUUCGACAAAGAUAAAGAUCCGUUGACCAAGUACAACCUGGUGGAUCCUCCCUUGAUGAACACCAUCGCUGUUCCCAGAAACGCUUGGACCGCCAUUAGAUUCAAAGCCGACAAUCCCGGGGUGUGGUUUAUGCAUUGUCAUCUGGAGAGGCACACGACUUGGGGAAUGGAGAUGACUUUCAUUGUUAAAGACGGGAAGAGAUCUAACCAGAAAAUGUUGCCUCCUCCUCCAGAUAUGCCCUUGUGCUAAUAAAUAAAUAAAUAAAUAAUAAUAAUAAUACUCAUUAUUAAAGGAUCGGAGUAUUUGUUAGGUUUUCGGAAAUAAUUCCGAAAUAGACGAUUAUUAAAUAAUUGGCGUGGGAAAUUAAGGAUUUUGUUUCUUAAUUAAAAGCUUGAAUUAUUAAGUGAUUUGCUGUACUCCGUAUUACUAUAUGUGUAUGGAUGCAUUUCUGAGGUAGUAAUUUGUUUUGUUUUAUUUUUGAUGCAUGUAUUACGGAGUCUAUCUUGUAUUG